GAUCCGGGGAAGAGAAAGUUAGGGAAAGUUCGGACAGAACGUGGAGGAGGCGGGGCGGGCGGGAACCAACCUACCGGGCGGAUCUCUGGGAUCCCCACGGGCCACACCCCGGAAAGCGGGGCUUCGGGAUUUUAUAUAAAGCGCGGUGCAGCUGCCUCGGACCGCAGCCGCCCGCAGCCGGCCAUGCCCUCCAGCACCCACGCCGCCCCGGAUCCCGAAGCUCAGCGGCCGCUCGCGCCCUCGGGCCGUUCCUGCCACCCGCUGCCCUGGGCCCUGAGCGCCGCGCUGCUGCUGCUCGCCGCCGCCUGCGCCGCCUGCCUGGUGCGCGCCUGGGCCGCGCCCGGGGCUCCUGCAUCGCAGGUCCCCGGCUCCGCGCGCAGCCCGAGACUCCCGGAGGGCCUGGAGCUGAUGCCCGACGCCCGCACCCGCCUCCCCGACUCUCCGCAGGGCGUGUUCGCGCAGCUGGUGGUGGCCGACGGAGUGCAGCUCACCGAAGGGCCCCUGCACUGGUGCAGCGAGCGGGGGAUGACAGGUGUGACCCUGGCACCCGGUGUGAGCUAUGACAAGCACAGGCACGAGGUGGUGGUGGCCCAGGCCGGAGUCUACUAUGUUUUCUUGCACUUGGCGCUGAAGCGUGCAAUGGCCAGCAACGGCAACAGCUCCGGCUCCGUCUCUGUGGCCCUGAACCUGCGGCCUCUCCAAGCUGGGGCCGCUGCCCUGGCCCUGACCUUGGACCUGCCACCCCCAUCCUCGGGGAACUCAGUGGCUGGUUUCCGGAGCGGCCUGUUGCACCUGGAUGCCGGACAGCGCCUGAGCGUCCACCUGCACCUCGCGGUCCGGGAGCCUCGCGCCUGGCAGCUCUCAGCGGACGCCACGGUCUUGGGCCUCUUCCACGUGAACACCCAAGUCCCCACUGGACUCUCCUUGACACAGCUGACGUGACCCCCAGGCCUAGGUGCCACCCUCUGGACCAAGACUGAAUCUUGCCUUCCUUUCUUGGGGCCCCUGGUGAUGGGGUCUAGCUACUCUACCUCACUGGGCUGGGCCAGGGUCCUUGCUGCUGAGCCCCUCUUCCAGGACUCUCCGGGACCCUCUGUCACUUGGUAUUUAUUCUGAGCCUGAGCUCAGACAGUGUACAUUAUAUUAAUCCAUUCAACUUAUAUUUAUUGAGCUUCUGCUCCGUGCCAGGCACUGUGCAGGGCUAGAGAAACAUCAAAUAAAAAAGACCUCCCCUCCAUCCUUAUUUAUGUUAAUAUGUGAGAAAUAGAGACUCAUUCCCAGUACCCUCCCCCCCCCCCCCCCCGCCGCCGCAUGGUACUCAUGGGGCUAGCUUGUGGGAGUCCAAGUAACUAUGUUGUGUGAGCUUUACUCAUUCAUGCAAAUUUUAUCAGGCACUGUUUUAGGUGUUGGGGACACAGCCAUGAAUAGGACAAGACAAACCCCCCAGCUUUUGCCAAGCUGACGGUCUAGUACGCUGGCUUGACACUGUGACUGUGUGUGACCCUGUGUAACUGGGGCAUAUGGGAAGGUGUGAGGUGGUACGUGAUGUUAGAUAAUAAAGUAUUUAUAUAUGUU